CGCGCUCGUGUCGCUUUUGGCCCGCUCGACGGCGAAGCCGCGGGCAGAGCUCUCAGUUGACGCUCAGUUCGGCUCAGCGAGGCCAGCGAGAAGAAAGGGGGUUUAUUCCAUGUGUGUGAGCGUCGUGCGUGUGUGUAUCGGCGCACGAUCCUCGGGACCGGAGGCGUUGCUACCUGCUGAAAAUCCUUCGCUGUAUUAAGCUUGUUACACGAGGGGGUGGUUCUACCUGACUAACUGCUACCUGAAGACGAGGGGAGAUAAAAAGAUCCCGGUCCGAUCAGAGAUACGCUCUCUCUCCUUAGACUCUUUAUUACUCUCUUAGCUUCAAAUGUUCGGAUUUGCGUCGUUACAUUUGUGAGUUACCGUGAUUAGAUAGAUAACGACGUGUGCCGAUCGCGAGCAGGCGGGACGUUUCGCGAUGAGGAUGAUGACGAUCUUAGGUGAUAGAGACGGAAUGACGUGCGGCUUGUGUGUAAUCGGUCGCGGGACGAUCGUAAUGCAUUCAGUCGUGCAGUGAGUUAGCUCGCUCAGAGAUCGACGAUUGCCAAGUGUCUGGUGCUGAUCUUUUUUUUAAGAACCGUGUACGCUGGUUCUAACGUUGCCUUAACUUUAAUAACAAGCUCCGAACUUUUCUGACUGGAAUGAUGCAUCCUUUCUAAAUCGCGUUGUGUCAUUUUGUUUUUGUUAUAUGCUCGUCUCUGACAUCAUCGCUGGAUUGGACAUUAUCAUCAUCUACACGAUCUGUGCUAAUCGAUCUACAUCGCACGUGGCUCGCCUGUCAUCCCAUCGAUCAUCCCAUUCGCUGUCGUCAACGUCGUCUUCGUCUUCAUCGUGGUCGUCAUUGCCGCGUGUGGAUCUUUUUGUCGGCGGAUUUGCCACGCACUUGAUCGCGCUCCCAUCUGUCCUUCGCGCUGCCUCCUCGCUUCUCCGUCCCGCGUUCCUCCCUCCACCUGUCUGCUGCGGCGCUACACACCCUCUCCCCCGCCGUCAACCCCUCGUUGAGGACUACGCGCACGAUUUAUCCCUAUCCCCACCUCCUGCUCCUCGCGCCUCCACUACCUUCUUGUGUGUGCACGCGCUUCCUUUAUUUACUCCGUGAAUUCACGGACCAACACGACCGGCUCGGUCACGAUGAGCGCUCAAUUUGUCGCUACGCGGUGAAUAUCCUCGGUGUUGACGCACGUUCUAUCGCGUUUUUAUUAAACCUGUCCGCGGUCUGUAUGCUGUGUUACGGUGUGUUUUGAACAUUGGAAAAAUUAUUAAUUUAUAUACGGCAACGUUGUUACUCCUCUUACGAUGACCUUGCGAUUUUCGGGUGAACGUUGAUCGGUCUAAACUUGUGCAUCGCGCGGAUUAUCGUCGUGAUUAUCGCUGAACGGCGGUCACGAGACCGUCGUCCUACGUGCCGAUUGACUCCGACAUCGGCAUAAAUAUUGUUGUAACACCGGCAAUAAAUCGUCAUCAUCUGCACCAUCGCCGAUCACGUGGCUUGCUCGACGGCGACGCUGUACGAUAAUGUUCACGCCGCGCCGUUAUGUGGCUCCGGCGUGGGUCACCCUGGCUCCGUUACACCGAUGGGAACAGCAACCGGAGCGGGGAAUUCCACCGGGGUGACCUGGUGGGCCAUGAUGAACGGUUCCCUCUACGAGGACAGCCCGCCGCCAGUUCCACCGACAGCCUCGACCCUCGUAUCGAUUCAACAGCAGACAACCACGACACCAGGCUCCCAUCAACAAGCGACAACGCCAACUUCACCUGGUGCACCGGCAUCAUCGGCAACGACAGCGCCACCGGCGCCCACAGCGAGCGCCAGUUCAACCUCGCCGAGCGCUUCCUCGGUAGCGAGCAACAGCGCGGCCGGACCGCUUCAUAUACCCGCCAAGAGAUUAACGGCGACACCGGGGGGCGGUGGUUCCACUUACGGUGAGGUUGCCUGCGUAGAGUCGGGCGCUCCGGGUGGUGCGGGAGCGGCGGGCGUGAUACGGCACUCACAUUCGUCCUCGGCGGGUUCUCAAGGCGGCUGGAGUUAUAGCCCGCACCAUCCUCAAGACUCCCACUACUCGUCCACGACGGGCGGCGGCGAAUCGUUGAACCAUCAUCAGGCCUACGGGGGUAACAAUCCCCCCACGUAUUACAAUCUGGCGGCCGAUCCUACCUCGACUUCCGGUUCUUCCAGGGACAACCGGAAGGCCGGGGCCACUCUUAGCUUCUGGUCGCCCGCCACUGCCGGAUCGGCCGGCACCGCCGGUUCUACCUCGGAUUACAAGUCCUACAACUCGGCCGGCGCGGCAACAACGACGUCGUCGACCGGCGGUGGUGGGUCUGCCUCCGGCGCCGCCGAUCCAGCCGUCUCCUCCUGCCAUCAAAGCUUCUCUCAGAGCUGGUGCAAUUACGCGCCCUACACGACGGCGAGGCAUCAUCAUCCAGUGGACACGGCUGGACAUCAUCAUCCUCACUCGCAGGCGGGGGUACCGUAUCUAGCGCCAUCCGCGGCUGACGACCGUGGUAGGGUCGCUGCCGCUAUGGUCGCCGCGGAAGGUGCCUUUCCCCACGAUGGAUACGGUGGUCUGAGAAACUAUGGAGCGCCUGAACCUGUUACUUCGAGUCCCUACCCACCUCCAGUGAUGUGGGGUUCCUCCCCAUCUUCCUUGUUUCCCGCAGGUUCGCUUGCGGGUGUGGGCGUCGGGGUUGGCGUAGCCGGGAUGGGCGUUGGAUGCGGCAGCUCUAAUCCCCUAGAGUGGACGGGCCAGGUGACGGUGCGGAAGAAACGCAAGCCUUAUUCCAAAUUUCAAACUCUCGAGCUGGAGAAGGAGUUCCUCUUCAACGCUUACGUGUCGAAGCAGAAGCGAUGGGAGCUCGCGCGUAAUCUGAAUCUCACCGAGCGCCAAGUGAAGAUCUGGUUUCAAAAUCGCCGAAUGAAAAACAAGAAGAACAGUCAACGGCAAUCCCAGCAGCAGAAUAACAAUAACAACAACAACAACAGCAGCAGCGCCAACAACGCGAACCACCACGCGGCGACCGGCAGUCACCACCAUCCGAGCACCGCGCACGCACCACCUUCGAGCCACCACGUGGUCGCGCAGGCGCAUCACGCGAACGGCUCCACGAAGCAUCAUCAGUGACCCGUGGCCUUCUCUGGGGUCGUCUUCGGGCACCAUCAUCAUAGCCACACCUCGUCCAGCAGCAGUGGCAGCCACGGGGGCAGCCAUAGCAGCCUGGUAGCAGGUCACAGCAGCCAUAGCCUCCACGCGCCGCAGCCGCAGACGCCGCUGCCGCCGAUUCACGUGUCGUCGUCGGGCAACGUUACGCCUGCUACGGCCGUAGUCCAUCCACACACACACGCGCACGCACACACCGGCGGUCACCAUCAUCAGCUGACGCACGUGGCUCAACAGUAUCCCGCGCUUCUACAUCAGACGCCUCACGGCUUGGCCGCCUGAAUUGGUACCGGACGCUCCAGAGAAAGACCCGUUCGUGACGCUUUGGCGAUGUCACCGAGGCGAUCCUACGAAACGGUUGAUUAAUAUCCAUGUCCACAGGAACGAUGAAAAAUCCUCAUGGACUCUGUCGAGCAGCCGUUCAAAGACUGCCUCCAUUAAGGAAAGAUAAAGCUCGCGCGUAGUAUAUUAUAUAUUAUUAAUUAUUAAUUAUUAUUAAUUAUUAUUAAUUAUUAUUAUUAUUAUUAUUAUUCAACAAGCGAAGACUUUUCGCUAUUGUAUAGAAAAGAUGCCGCUAUUUCAAGCGGCCCGAAGACUCUUUUCGAGUAUCGGUGUCGGAUGCCGUUAUUCUACGAGUAAUACGCGUCAUCGAACGACACCAAGCAAUCUGUCCAAUUCGUAAUUCGGUAGUAUUUUCUCCAGUUAUAUAUACAUAUAUACACAAAGUAAAGAGGUAAUUAAUGUCACUUAGUAUAUCCCUACUCCUCCCACCGCUCUAAGGAUUCCUUUCCCUCUCCAAGGUCCCCACUCUUCCCCCGAGUAUUUACCUCGUCUUGCAUUAUCGGGUCCGAGUCGCACAUUGUAACGUAUCGUUGCAGUUACAUCCGGGACCGAUCCAAUCAGACACCAUUGAUUUUGCAGUUAGGGCUGGAUGGUCCAUCGAGAAUUGCAGGUUGUAAAAUGGAUGGGUCGCUUUUAGGGGUAAGUGGACUCACUGAUCUCGCGUAAAUGUAUGUGCAUCGUUUUUUAAAUUAAUUUUUCACUUUGAUAUGGGUUACAACCGCAUUAAAGAUCUACAAAUCUUUUAUCAAGUAUAUCUAUAUACAACUAAUAUUAAAAAGCUAAUAUAUUAAAGAAAGAUUUUCCACAAUGUCAUUUGCGCUUUUAUAUUAAUUUAUUUAUAUCAUUUUCUUGAAAUUAGCAUAAAAAUUUUGAAAGUAGACUCAUCGUUAGUAAAUAUCUGUUCUUAAUAAAUAAUAGUUUUUCAAUAUUUAACUUAAACGUUUUGUGGAUAAAUUCUACACUUGGUCUAAACAAAUUUGCAGUGUAGUUUACAUUGGGGGAUGCAUAUUAUUUAUAAUUUAUUAAUUUUUCAAUCGAGGAAAAAGGUCAUACAAUAUUUUGCGGAUUAAAUGUCUUCUUUCCCUAUUUAGUUUGUCUGACAAAGUAAAGAAUAUAGUAAGUUUCGAAAUCAGUGUAGAGCACGAGCGUAUCCCAAAAGUUAGAUAAUUAUGUCCACAAUGUGUCGUAAUAAUCAUCUACCACAAGAAUCGCAAAUUAGUAUCUAUAAUUCUUGUAUUGAAGAAAAACGACUUAUGUUGAAAAUAUACUUAGUAGUCAAACUCUGUA